AUGAGUGGUGAUUGGCGUGCAAAUCGAUCCGAUGAUGAAGACGAUGAGUAUGAAGAAGCUUUCGCUGGCCGUGCGGGGGUCAUAUUGGCCGUGGACUGUGCCGGUUACAUGUUCGAACAGGAAGGUGACUCAGAAACCCGGUUUAUAGAAGUGCUCCACAUAAUCGAGGCCACGAUGCGCAACAAGGUGGUUGCCAACGAAACGGAUUUGGUUGGAGUAGUAUUUUAUAAUACCAAGAACAAUCCCGCACCGGAAAGCGAGGAUGAAGUGCAACCGGGUUUGGUUGCACCACGACAAUGUGCCAUCUACAUUCCGCUGGGCAGCACCUCAGCGGAAAUGAUUCGCAAAGUGCGUGGAAUGCGCGAAUCAAGCGAUUUGUGCGGGUUCGAUACCAAGUAUGGCCACUCGGAGGGUACCAGUCUGUCAAAUGUAUUGUGGCUCUGUUCACGAAUCUUUUCUCACUGUGGGUACAAGUUGUGUCAAUCGACAAUCAUACUGUUUACGAGCAAUGAUACACCGCACGAUAGUAGUAGCAAUGAGUAUCAGCAAGCAUUGGUAAAGGCACGUGAUUUGCAGCAGAAAGACAUUUUUGUAGACCUGGUACCCAUGAGCAGUAAGUUCAAUUGCGACAAAUUCUACAAAGAGUUCCUGUGCACCGUGCUGGCCGAAGAUAUGAACGAUUUCGAGCCGCCGGUGUAUGAAGCAUCAAAGGCUAGGCUUCUGCAUCGAUUGUUUGUUAAAAGCUAUAAAAAGCGAUCGAUGGCCCAUUUGAAGUGGCAUCUUUCGGAUGAUGUUGCCCUUGGAGUGAAUGUUUAUACGUUGAGAAGGAGCCCACGUUAUCCUAAAAAAGUACGACUGUUAAGAUCAACCAACGAAGUGAUCGUAUCGAAACGCGUUCACAUGACAAGCACCAUUUCCGAGGAUGGAGAACAGGAAACAACCAAAAUCAUCUUACCUGGUGAGCAAAGAAAAUCGAUCACGAUCGGUGGCGAAAAAGUAUCGUUUAAACCGGAUGAAGUGACUCAUAUGAAGCAGCUGCUACCACCCGGAAUACGUCUUUUGGGCUUUAAACCUGCGUCAGCGAUCGACCCAACCAAUCAAAUUCGCAGUAGCCUAUUUCUGUAUCCUAAUGAGGGCUAUAUUAACGGAUCGACUACACUGUUUCGAGCGCUGUAUGAAAAAUGUCUUGAGAAAAACCAGGUUGCCUUCUGUAUGCUUACUAUGCGACGAAAGCAACCAUCGAAGUUGGUUGCGCUGAUACCACAGCAGGAGCUUGCUCACGAUCCUAUGGGGGAGGCAGACAGACACUGUGGUUUUCGUGUUAAAUUUAUUCCUUUUGCUGGUGAUAUUCGAAAGUUGUCCAUGCUCGAGGAAGUCUCAACCCCGGAGGUGACAGAUGAGCAGACGGAUUUGUUUAAAAAGUUGGUUAAAAAGGUGAAGUUUAAAUUUCACCCGUCCCACUUUGAGGAUCCGUCGUCGCAAAAUCUGUACAUCAACAUCGAGUCGCUAAUGUUUGAUGUGGAAGAUGCAGAGCUUAUCGAUUCGACGCAACCAGAUCGUGAACGAAUCGAUUCGAAGCUGGAACCAAUGUUGACCGACAUGGAGCGUAUGUUUGGCAAGGACCCCGAAGAAGCACCAAAGCGACGUCGGAAUGAAGGAGCAGAUAAUGAUGGUGAACCCAGAACGAAAGGGGCACGAGUUGCACCAGUCAACGAUGAAGAACUGGUCGAAAUGGUGAAACAAGGCAAUAUGGCGAGUUUAACCGUGGCCGUACUUAAACAGUACCUUCAAAAACAAGGCGCUACUGGACUGUCCGGACUGACAAAAUCGGGUUUAGUUGAUAAAAUUCUCGCGAUGCAAGACGAUUGA